GUUGGCGGGAUGGAGACGCUGACCUUCCCCCGCUACAGCCCCGACGACAUCGUCAGCUACCUCCGCAGCCACGUCCUGGCGGGCGCCGAGGCCCGCAAUCUGGUCAAGGGCGACGUGUUCGGCAACCCCAAGCUUGAAGUUUUACACAUGAUUUACAUGAGAAUCCUGCAGAAGGUAUAUGGAAUCCGCCUGGAGCAUUUCUACAUGAUGCCAGUCAACGUUGACAUAAUGUAUCCACAGAUAUUUGAAGGCUUUCUACCUGUUUGUAACUUGUAUAUUCACAUGGAGCGCUUACUUCCAGUGUGCCGGAUUAACGAUUUUCAAAUUGCUGAUGUGUUAAACCCAAAAACAAAGAGGACAGCUCGCUUCUUGAGUGGCAUUCUCAACUUUGUAAAUUUCAGAGAAUUCCGACGUGAGGUCUACUUGGCGUUACAACUGAACUAUAAAUCAGCUAUGGAGAAACACCAACAACUAGAGACUGCAAAUCGGGAGGCAGCAGCGAAGCUGGAGAAACUGAACACUGUUCCAGUUGAACAUCAAGCAGAGGUCAAGCAACUGACAGAUAACAUUCGAGAACUGGAGCAACUACUAAGGCAAGACUACCGUCGGAAACAAACAGCAUUGCAAGAAGUGAUUUCACAAAAGAAGUCAGAUAUUGCAGAGAGUACCCGAAAACUGAAUGAGCUUAAAGUGACAAUGGCUACUUUGAAAGAAGAACAAGAGCAGCUGAAAUCAAAAAUUGUGGAGAGUCCAGAGGAACUGAAAAAUUACAAAGAACUGAUGAAAGAGACUGUUAAGAAACUCAAGAAAUCCAAGCAAGAAGUUAUUGAGAAAUAUGAAGGUUAUAGAGACCUAGUUGAGGUUCUGCCAUCAUGCCAACUGGAGGUGCAGUUAUAUCAAAAGAAGAUGGAAAGACAGGGAGCAAAUGUGGAGAGACUGGCCAGUGUAUUAGCAGAGGUCAGAAAUCUGGAAGACCAGCUUGAGAGUGCUCAGAUAGAGCUGAAAAAGGGGAAGACAGAUGAAAUGUCCUUAAAAAGGCUGGUCACUGCAAAACACGAGAAGCUGUCUACAGCUGAAAUAAGGAUAAAAAAGAAGCGUGAAGAUGUGGAACAAUAUAAGCACACUGUAUUUGAAUAUUGUAACAAAGUUCAGGAGAAGAGGGGUGCUGUAUAUGAUAAAGUGACAGCCAUUCACAAGGAAAUCCAACAGACAAGGUUCAAAAUUCAGCAGCUGAAUGAGAAUGCUGAAAAAGAAGAAAUGAAAGCCAAGGAAAUAUACCUAAAUCUGAAGGCUGGGUUGGAGAAGCGUCAUGACUCUCUCAUUAAGACAGCAAAGAGUUACGCAGCCUCAAGAGAAGAUAAAAUUGCUGAACUGAAGAAGGGGCUGCUUAGACUUCAGACUCCUGGAAGUAGUUCUUAGACCUGUCUUCACUUGUAUUCCACUUUCAUUAUGUUUAUACUCAUAUCUGAACUCAAAAGCUUGUGCUUUGCAUGGGAUGGAUAAUUAUUCCAGGCAAAAGCCAACUUUCUCAAAAACCAUGUCAGAGCACAUUUAGCUUUCUAGACAGAUCUGACAUCAUGAGCUCCC